AUGGAACAAGAGCAAAAACUACUGGUCUCAGAUUCUAGUGGCUUCACAAAGAAGGAGAGUUUGAACAGCACUUUUACAGGAGAUGAAAGUAAGAAUAAUUUUAAAACUGUUGAAUGCAGUAACUCCAAGGCAGAUAAAGAGGGAGCCUCAAAAUGGUCUAGAAGUGAUGACCCAGAAAAUUAUAAGGAUGAAGACACAAAAGAAAUACUAUUGACAGGGUCCCAAGGAGAUAAAACUGAAUGUGAUGAUUCCUGUGAGAAUGAUAGCAACUUGGAGAAUCAGGGAAAUUGUACAGAAAAAGAGGAGGAACAAUGCAAUCACUGGGGAUGGAACCCAGGAGAACAUACUGGGUCUGCUGACCCAUCAUUUGGGGACAAACCCCACAAAUGUUCUGAAUGUUGGAAAAGCUUCAGUAAUAGUUCUCAUCUUCGAACUCACCAGAGGACCCACUCAGGAGAAAAACCUUACAGAUGUUCUGAGUGUGGGAAGUGCUUUAGUAACAGCUCUCACUUGAUUCAGCACCUGAGAACACACACAGGCGAGAAGCCCUACCAAUGUGGUGAAUGUGGGAAAACCUUCAGCAACACCUCCCAUCUUAUUAUCCAUGAACGAACUCACACGGGAGAGAAACCCUAUAAAUGUCCCGAGUGUGCAAAGAGUUUCAGCAGUAGCUCUCACCUUAUUCAGCAUCACCGAUCACAUACAGGUGAAAAACCAUAUGAAUGUCCAGUUUGUGGGAAAUGCUUCAGCCAUAGUUAUGUGCUUGUAGAACAUCAGAGGACCCACACUGGAGAAAAACCUUAUAAGUGCCCUGACUGUGGGAAGAGUUUUAGUCAGAGCUCUAGUCUGAUUCGCCACCAGCGGACACACACUGGUGAGAAGCCCUACAAAUGUCCUGAGUGUGGAAAAAGCUUUGGUUGUAAUUCUACUCUAAUCAAGCAUCAGAGAAUACAUACAGGAGAAAAACCCUAUCAGUGUAUAGAAUGUGGGAAGAAUUUCAGUCGAAGUUCAAACCUGGUUACACAUCAGAAAAUGCACACAGAUGACAAAACCUAUCAAAGUUCUGAAUAUGAAGAAAGUUUGAGUCAGAACUAUAGGCUGAUAGAAGAAUGCAGAAUUCAGCCAGGAGAGAAGCCAUAUAAAUGUUGUCAGUGUGGAAAGAGUUUUGGCCUCAGCUCUCAUCUCAUAAGACAUCAAAGAACACAUACAGGAGAAAAACCUUACAGAUGUUCUGAGUGUUGGAAAACUUUUAGUCAGAGUUCCACCCUGGUGAUUCACCAAAGGACACACACGGGAGAGAAACCUUACAAAUGUCCUGACUGUGGUGAGUGCUUCAGUCAGAGCUUUAACCUUAUCAGGCACCGGAGGACCCACAUGGGAGAAAAACCUUACAAAUGCAGUGACUGUGAGAAAUGCUUCAGCCGAAGUGCCUACCUCAGUCAGCAUCGGAAAAUUCAUGUAGGAAAAUCUUUCGAGUCUCCUGAAGGGGAAGAUUUUCCUCAUGGAUGGACUUGGAAAAACUAUUCUGGGGAAAUAGCACUCAUCCCUUCACUUUCAAUACCAAGUUCACCUCCUUCCUGA